AGGGCCCCAGGGAGCGCGGGGCGCCGCUGCCGCCGCUGCGCUGCUCGGUUCCGUGUGCAGGGCAGCGCCGGGGCUGCUGGCCGCGGCGGCUGAGGCGCGGGAGCCGGGACCGCGCUCUGCCGGGAGUUGGGCAGGGGCGCGCCGGGCGCCUCCGCGGCGUCAUGGACCCUCUCCCCGGGCCUCAGCGGGCACCAGCCGCGGGAACCCCCGGGCCUCCGGGCGGCCGAGCCUGAGCGACCCCCGGUUCUCCGGCGCCCCCUCCCUCCGCCCUAUUUUUUUUUCCCCCCUGCUCUGGCUGUUGCUGCUGCUUGUACGCUCCGUUAUGGCAACGGAACCGCCAUCCCCCCUUCGGCUCGAGGCGCCCGGCGCCCCAGAAAUGCGGACCCCACCGGCCAGCGAGGCCGCCCCCGAAGGCACCCCGCAGCCGCCGGCGGGCGGGAGGCUCCGCUUCCUCAACGGCUGCGUGCCCCUCUCGCAUCAGGUGGCCGGGCACAUGUACGGGAAGGACAAAGUGGGUAUACUACAGCAUCCAGACGGCACAGUUUUGAAACAGUUACAGCCUCCUCCCAGGGGCCCGAGAGAGCUGGAAUUCUAUAAUAUGGUGUAUGCUGCUGAUUGUAAUGACAGUGUUCUUCUAGAGCUACGAAAAUAUUUGCCGAAAUAUUAUGGCAUUUGGUCACCUCCCACUGCACCAAAUGAUUUAUAUCUGAAACUGGAAGAUGUGACCCACAGAUUUAAUAAGCCUUGUAUAAUGGAUGUAAAGAUUGGACGAAAAAGCUAUGAUCCUUUUGCAUCAUCCGAGAAGAUUCAGCAGCAGGUCAGCAAGUACCCGCUAAUGGAAGAGAUUGGGUUCCUGGUGCUUGGCAUGAGGGUGUAUCAUGUUCAUUCUGAUAGCUAUGAGACACAGAACCAGCACUAUGGAAGAAGCUUAACAAAAGAAACUAUUAAGGAUGGAGUCUCCAAGUUUUUUCAUAAUGGAUUAUGCUUAAGAAAAGAUGCUGUUGCUGCCAGUAUUCAGAAGAUUGAGAAAAUUCUUCAUUGGUUUGAAAACCAGAAGCAGCUUAACUUUUAUGCAAGUUCAUUACUGUUUGUUUAUGAAGGUUCAUCUCAGAUAGCCACUACAAAGUCUAAUGACAGAACUUUGGCAGAAAAGUUUUUGUCCAAAGGACCCCUGUCAGAUACGGAAGUACUGGAGUUCAACAAUAACUUCCAUCUGUCAAAUUCCUCAGUAAAUGGAAAAAUAGAGUCCUCAGUAGGCAAAAGCUUAUCCAAGAUGUAUGCUCGGCACAGAAAAAUGUAUUCAAAAAAGCAUCACAGUCAGACUUCACUGAAAGUUGAAAGUAGAGAGCGAGACAAUGGGUGGAAGAGCUUGUCACAGGAGCAUUUAAAUGGAAAUGUACUUUCCCAACUGGAAAAAGUUUUCUACCAUCUUCCUACUGGUUGUCAAGAGAUUUCAGAAGUGGAAGUGCGAAUGAUAGAUUUUGCUCAUGUGUUUCCUAGCAACACCAUAGAUGAGGGAUAUGUUUAUGGGCUCAAGCAUCUAAUCAAUGUACUUCAGAGUGUGUUAGAUAAUUGACUCCUUUGCUUCAGUCUUUUUGAGGGGUGGUCAAUCACAAGAGCAGUAAUCACUCCUUCUGCCCCUCUGAUGCUGUGUAAAGAGUUUGUAUUGUGCAUUGAUGUUCUAUUUGUCUUUAUACUUUAGUAGAGAGGUUAACUUUUUUACAAUCUUACUCAGGAAAACUAAUUUGUCAGAAAACUAUGAAGAAAAAGAAACUUAGGAAUGUUAAGCAGGGAACGUGGUGGUACAUGGCGUAAAAACCUAUUUGGCUCAAGCAACAUGGAAACCAUUCUUAAGUCAUUAAGAGCUUUUUUCACAUUCUGUAGCCAAUUUAUCAUGAAGUCUCUGUCCACCCACCUUUGACAAUGAGCCAUAUCUAAACUACUAUGUUAUUACGACACCUAUGAAAAUAAAGAAAGCACAGGUUAAUAUCCUUAUGACUGCUGUGUAAGGAGUGACUAAAACUGGAGAAAUUUCUGCUUGAGGACACUCAUUGUUUCAGUUUUACAUUAAAAGUCAGACCAGCAUAUCAAAAGGUGCUUCUUUGUGCAAUUACUUAAAAUUGUUGCAUUCCAAAAGCAGAUUUUUCCUUUAAUUUCCAUCUGUAGAUAUCUUUUAAAAUACAAUACUUUAAAGAAGAUAAUUGAAAUGCACAACAACAACAAAAAUCUUGAAAUUGAGAGUGCUAAAUAUUCUUACUGGAGUUAGGAGGAGAGAGGUUGUUUGCAAGAAAUGAAACAUUUUCUUAAUACAUGUUUCAUUUAUGGGAAAAUGAGAAUAUACAUUUGUUACAUUAUGAAAUGUAUGAUGUGGCAGUGAGAAAAAAGUAUAGUAAGAAAUGUGAUACUUUUCUGUAUUUGCAGUGCCAAAAAGGUGAAUGAUUAAAAAUUUGCUUUAUUUCUCCUUUAAAUAACAUUUGGAGACUUUUCUCUUAAACUUCAUACAUGGCUGCAUUUAACUUGUUCGUGGUAAGAAUUUAUAUUGCCACAAGUAGUGUUUCCUAGAAUUUCUGUUACGUGAUGAAAGGCAACAUCCAGUCUUAAGUUGUUAGAGAAAGAUCAUGUAUAAAUUAGUGGAUCAUAUGAAGUUUGGUGCAUACUGCAAUCCAUACUUUUGUUUCUCAAAACAAUUUUAUGUCACAUUCAACAAAAUAACUAAUUCCCUGGAGAUCAAGGGCAAAACUGCUUUUCCCUGGAAACAGAGAGGCAGAUAUUUAGCUUUGCUUCACACCCACUGCCUCCCAAAAAGUCACUAGUUGUUCGCCACCAAAGCAUCUAAAUUUUCAAUCUGCAGGUAUAUUUGAUGUCAGUUCUGUCAUUCCUUACUUUGAUUUCCUACCAGUUCAUCUAAACAGUUAAACGUUUUGCUUAUAUAUUGUUGGAAUAUGUCUUAAGCUUGUACGUUAUUACUUUCACCCUUUUCCCCCCUAACUUUACAAAUUUACAUUUAAAUCUAAGCACCUUUUUUGUAUGUUAUGGAGGAAAGUAUCAAAACUUUACAUUUCUUACCUUCCCAAGUCUAUCUUGAGGGUGCUUUUAAAAUAUAUGAGCCCACAUAAAAGUACCAAGUGCUCUGCAAAUUUUAUGCUUAGUAAAUCUAUUAAACCAAGAUUAUUUGAAAAUUUAUACACAUUUUAGUACAGUAAAAUUUGAUUUCUUUUAAUUUUUUAUUAGAAUCAAUGUAAAUAUUUUUCAUGUGGACUUAAUAACUUUUUCUCUACUGCCCAAAUGAGUACUGAUUAUAGAUAUUUGUGGGAUUGAAUUUCAAGUUUUUUAGUUGUAUUUUUUCCAUUACAAUAUGGACUUUUGUUGUUGUUGUUAUUUGGAUAAUUGUUCAGGAAACCUUAAGCAUAAAUAAUAAACACUAUUCUCAAUCUUAACAUGACAAGAGGCUUUUUUGUAUGGAAUUGGUGUCAGCCUAUGUACAAUGAAUUUAAUAAAUUUAAGUAUUAUCAAUAUUUUUGCACAUUUUAGCUCCAGAUUUUCAUUUAUCUGUAUUCGGAAAUGUGGUUUUGUUAAAUCUGUGUGUUAACUUUCUUUAUACAAUAGAUCAUGUUUUUUUUUUUUAAAAAGGAGCAUUUUUAUCUUUUGUUUUUCAGGGAAGGGAUUAGCAUCUAAUUCUGUUUGUUUACAUUUUUUAUCACUGUUAUCCAAUGCUGAUUUUAUGUUAAGUAAGCUUACAUGUAACAGUAAGUAUCAGUUUAUGUAACCUAUAUGUGACUAUUUUACUGUCCUUGUCAUUUGAUUAUGCUGAGAUUUACCACUGUGGGGAUGAAUGAUUGCUGUUCACCAUAUGUGUUUUGAAUGUGUAAACAUUUAAGAAGUGAAGUAAGAGUAACAUUUGGGGUAAUGGGAUUGUUACAGCUUUUUCACCCUAGGAAACAUAGUGAUUUUAGCGUGUUUCUUUGAAUGCAUUCAUAAAAAGGACUUUUAAAGAAAUUGUGUCUGUGAAUAAAACAUUUCUCUAAUUAAAACUUAAAUUGUACAAUAGUUUUAUAAUAAAAUAUUUACAUUAAUUGAUAUUUUAAUAUUGAUGGAAGUUGCAUAGAUCAAAUUAAAAUCAAUGAUAAAUGCUAAUAUUUUAUCUAAAUAGUUUUUCAAGAAACAGUUAUGAAAAUGUAUAUUAAAUGACUGUAUCAUGGAGAUUGUGGUGUUUAAACUCUGUAUUCCUGAAUCCUUGAUGUAUCUGGAAUUAUACUUAGAAUGCCUCUUUACACUACAGGUUUGCUAUCGAGGGGCUCUAGACUAUGUUCCGUUGAAUAAGGAGUUUGGAUAUAAUUUUAAUACUUUGUGAUUUUCCUGGUGUUUUGUUUAUAUCAGAUCUAAAG